AUGGCGCGAGUCGACGAGGUCCCCGCCGUCACGCUCAGGCUCUCGGCCCGCACUGGCUGGAUGUUGCCUCUUGCUCUCCGCUGUCCCGAGUUCGCUCUCUUUAGCGCUCCGCCUUCGGCUAAUAUUGAGGCUGAAAAAAAAGUAAAACUAUCGCUGCUUAUGAUAUCCAAGGUAUCUUUACACAGGUAUGACCACUCCAUCUUGAUGAAAGUCCUCGUUGGGAAUGUCCAGAAAGGGGGCAGAGCUCUUAUGGACGUCACCACAUUCAAGCCAAUUGGGGAGUUGCGCUUUUGCGAGUUUCAGAUAUUAAUUCUACGAAAAACCAAACGGUUUUCCUUUAGCAUUAACCACGUGAGAAUUACUUUUAGGGAAAAAAAGUCUUUUUCACCUUUGGGUUCAAAAGGCAAAAUGGAAGUGGAGCUGCGUGGUUUUAUGUUCCUUGACGAUAUCCCUGAAAUUUUAGCUCACGAUGCAAGGGAAUUUCUGUUAAAAGUAAAGCAUCUUCUGGCGGCCCGCAACGACUCCGCCAUGGAGAAGACGCUCAACUUGAAGGCCAUGAUCACCAAGUUCCUGAAGGAGAUCAAGCACAAGCUGGGCGAGACGAUGACCCACUUCGACCCCGAGGACGACGAGGAGUACAUGUUCGCCUACCUGUGGGGCAUGCACGAGGCGCACCGCUUCCUCACGCCCCACGUGCCCGCCGCCGCCAAGUCCCAGGAGAGCGCCGAGGUGUGUCGCUCCGAGGGGAACCGCUACUACAACAUGGGCAACUUCGAGACGGCCAGAUCGCUGUACAGCAAGGGCAUCAUGCUCGCGCCCCACCCCACGCUGAACGACAACAGCUCCUGCAGGGGCAGGUCCACCCCGGGCGAGUUCAGCCUCCAGGACACAGAGAGCAUCGACAACAGAUCCACCUAUGAGGACUACGACACACUUGCCAUCUGCUACGCGAAUAGGUCCGCCGUGCACAUGGAGCUCGGGUACUUCGACGACUGCCUCAGGGACAUCGACCUCGCGUUCCAGGCAGGCUACCCCGACGAGACCAAGCUCAUGAAGAGGAAGGUGCGGUGCCUCCACGCCCGGGGCAAGGACGACAAGCCCUCCAAGAUGGAAAUGCUCGCCGUCCGCCACCUACACGGACGUCCCAGGGAGGAGACGUUCCACGAGCGGUUCAGACUGUACCAGCAGAGUCAGACGGGAGGCCAUAUCUUCACCGAUACCUUCCGGAAGUCGCUGUUGUCCGAAUCCGAGGUCCCGACUUCGAAAGUGAGCGAUCCCCACCCGAACAUCCCCGCCCUCAGCAGUGCCGUGACUCUGGCCUACAAGCCCGACCGAGGCAGACACAUCGUGACCGCUCGGGACGUCUACCCAGGGAGUCUUGACAUGGCAAUGCCAAGAUUAAAGAUAAUCGAUAUCCUGGCAGGCGAGACACUACUGGUGGAGGACAGCUUCUGUACUUGCUUGAAGGAAGCCUCUCUAGCCCGCCGCUGCACCACCUGCUGCAACAGGAGCAUCAACCCCCUUCCCUGCCCUACGUGCUGUCUGGUGGUGUUCUGCAGCGAGGAGUGCCGAGAGCGGGGCCUCGCCGACUUCCACGAGCAGGAGUGCGAGGUUCUGCCUGCUCUGGCGGCCUUCAGCGGCGAUACUCCGUGCGUGCUCGCCUUCCGGAUCCUCAUGAAGCUCUCCUUCGCACGCCUGAAGGAGCUGAUCCCCAGGCUGAAGAAGGAAGCGGAGACGCUCCCCCCGGAGAAGCUCGGGUUCGACGAAGACGGCGUAUACAGUUCCUCCGACUUCCGUGCGAUCUAUCACCUGUGCUCGAACAAACAACACCAUACCAAUAAACAGCUCUUCGGCAGGUGCAUUGAGGCCUUCAUCGUCACCAAGCUCCUGGAGAUGAGCAGGAGGUACUUCGUGAACAGCCGCGGCGAGGCAGUGUGUCCCAGCGAGGAGGACGUCCUGCUGACGGGGAGCACUCUGGUCUCGCUCAUCAUGAAACUCCGGUGCAAUAUAUUCACAGAUUUUACAGGUAAAGGGGAUGAGUGA